AUGGCAGUGAAACGUGACCAUCGUAUCUGCUUCUUCUUCUUCUUCUUCUUCUUCUUUAUCUUCUUUGUCUUAAGUGAAGUCCCUCCUCCUGCUGCUCCAUAUCUCAUGUUUCGCGCCGCCAUCGCACGUUCUCAAGCCUCCUUGCCACCUCCCCAGACGGCUGCCCGCUUGACGUCCCUCACCCGUCACAUCUCCCCAGCUGCCUCGCCCUCCACCGGCAGGAUGCCGCUCGUCACGUCCACCAUGGUCAACAGCGACAAGCCGCGCGUGAUCCUCGGCCUCAUGACGUUCGGGCCCCCGGGCACCGAGUCCAAGGGCGGCCGCAUCACGACCUUGGAAGAAUACAACAAGAACCUCGACUACUUCCAGUCCCAGGGCUACAACGAGGUCGACACGGCGCGGGGAUACAUCGGGGGCCAACAGGAGGCAUUCACACGAGAGGCGCGGUGGAGAGACCGUGGCCUGACGCUGGCGACGAAGUGUUACCCCGUGAAGCCCGGCGACCACGCCCCCGAGAAGCUGAGGGCGAGUCUGGAGAAGAGUCUGGGCGAGCUGGGGUCGGAGAGCGUCGACAUCUUCUACCUCCACGCCCCUGACAGGUCGGUGCCGUUCAAGGACACCCUGCAGUGCUGCGACGAGAUGUUCAAGGAGGGCAAAUUCGUUCAGCUGGGCCUGAGCAACUUCGCGGCCUGGGAAGUGGCCGAGGUGUGGAACAUUGCGAACGAGCGUGGUUGGGUCAAGCCCACGAUCUAUCAGGCCAUGUACAACGCCAUCACGAGGGACAUUGAGAAGGAACUGGUUCCCUGUUGUCGAAAGUACGGGAUCGACUUGGUGGUUUACAACCCGCUCGCCGGCGGUGUGUUCAGCGGCAAAUACAAAUCCAAGAGCGACGUGCCUAAGGAAGGCCGCUUCGCAGACGUGGCCAAUGCAGGAAAGAUGUACCGCGCGCGCUACUUCCAAGACUCGACGUUCGACGCCCUGCAGACGAUCGAGCCGGCGGUGCAGAAGCACGGGCUCACGCUGAUCGAGACGGCGCUGCGGUGGUGCGUGCACCACUCGGCGCUACGAUUCGCCAAAGACGGCGGCAACGACGGCAUCAUCAUCGGCGUCAGCUCCCUGGCCCAGCUGGAGAGUAACCUGCGCGACCUCGAGAAGGGCCCGCUGCCGCAGGAGGUCGUCGACGCGCUCGACCUCGCCUGGGAGACGCACUUCAAGGCCAAGGGGCCGACGUACUGGCGGUAG